GGUGGGCGGCGGCGCCAGCCCCGGCAGCGGCAGCUGGCACUCCCCGUCGCUCCACCUGGCGGGAGCACCCAGGCCUGCGCGGAGGGACUGGUCUCGCCAACAUGGUUUCUGCAGUGGCCCCCAGGCUGGCCGUGUCCCUGCUGCUGCUCCUCAGGGCCCUGCCCGCCGCGGCCUACUCCAUGCCCCUGAGGGCCGCCUCCCUGGAGGACGCGGGGGGCAGCGGGGACACCGAGGGCUCGUCGGCCUCCUCCCCAAGCCCCCCGCCGCCCCGGACCCCGGCGCUCAGCCCCACAUCGGUGGGAGCCCAGCCCACGCCCCUGGCGGGCCCCAAGCCCCCCACCAACUUCCUGGACGGGAUCGUGGACUUCUUCCGCCAGUACGUGAUGCUCAUCGCCGUGGUGGGCUCCCUGGCGUUCCUGCUGAUGUUCAUCGUCUGCGCUGCCCUCAUCACCCGCCAGAAGCACAAGGCCUCGGCCUACUACCCGUCAUCCUUCCCCAAGAAGAAGUACGUGGACCAGAGUGACCGGGCCGGGGGCCCCCGGGCCUUCAGCGAGGUCCCCGACCGGGCCCCCGACGGCCGGCCCGAGGAGGCCCUGGAUUCGUCCCAGCAGCUCCAGGCUGACAUCCUCGCGGCCACCCAGAACCUCAGGUCCCCCACCCGGGCUGCCCUGGGUGGUGGGGACGGAGCCAGGCUGGACGGCAAGUCGGAGGGGGACGAGAGCAGCGGCCGGGAGGUGGACCAGGAAGCCCGGGGACGCGGGAGCCCGGCCGAGAAGCCAGCGGCGCCGGCCGAGCCCUGCCCCGCGGGGGCGGAGGGGGCCCUGGAGGCCGACCCCGGCCCAGGCCCAGGAGAGCCGGAGUCGGCCCCUGCGCUAGCCCAGGAAGCCAGGGGACCAGCUGACCCCCCCGAAAGCCCCUGUGCUUGCAGUGUCGCCCCCAAGGUCUAAUAGGCCUCGGGGGCUCUGGCCCGGACUGCCCGACCCCUAGUGGUCACCUCCACGGGGGUGGAAAGGCCCCUGACCCUUCCCGCUCCCCGACACCCCCUCCUCGGCCACCCCCUGCUACCAAUGCCCGUGGGUCCCGGCCCUGCAGUGGGCAGAGAUGCUGGUCUCCAGUCUACCCCAGGAAUCACCCCAGGUACCAGGGACACCCGCCCCUGCGGCCUCAGAGGGCUGCAUCCCAAACAGCCUCUCUGGGGUGGGGGCGGAUGGGAAGGAUCCUCGCUGUAUUCGUGAUAACACACCCCACGAAAUCAGCCACAUCAUCCGGGCAACGUAUGUCACAGGCCCCCUGUGAUGGUGCCAACGCUGCCGCUCUUCCACGGAGGUAGGAGAGAGAAAUUAGGAUAGCGAGGAGUUUUGGACGAGGGUGAACAGGACGUGUCAGAGGCCCCGGGAGGGGCGUCACUAGAGCUACUGCAGAAGCGGGCCUGUGAAUCAGGAAGCUUCCAAGGGGCCUGUGCACACCUCAUGACGCAUCCCUAAGUGAGCGUUUCCAAGGCUGAGUUCCCUGGGGUACUCCAUGGGAAAAGGAUUUUGGGGUCCAAUGAGUUGAGGAAACGCUGCCUCUCCGCUCCCUGCACCCUCCCUCCCCUUAGAGCACCCCAGGGCUCUGCAAAUACUCCAGGAAAGGCCCCCCCGCACAAUCUGGUUUGGCUUGAUCUACCGCAAACUGCUUUUGACCACAGAGUACUUUUUCUUUCUUUCUUUCUUUCUUUCUUUCUUUCUUUCUUUCUUUCUUUCUUUCUUUCUUUCUUUUUUUUUAACAGCUACAGAAUAAAAACUUGCAGAGCACACUCUGGAAAAUUACUGCCCCAAAUGUUCGUGAAGGCGCCCCCUAGUUGGGGUUGGGGGUGUGGGGCCUGGGGGCCUCAGCCUGCUUAAGUUCUUCCAAGCAUCUCUGCCUGGGAACGAAUUUCUCAUCCCAUUAUUGGUACGGGCAUGGGGGUGAAUGAAUCGAGCCUUUCUUGUCAGGCCCCCAAAGCAGCCCAGAAACUGGGGGUCUGUAUGUGAGAGGGCCCCACUCUGGGGGAGUCUGAGGGGGUAGGGGAGGGCUUCUAACACCCGGCCUGGAGCUCAUAUGCCCUGGCCCCCCCCACCCUUUGCUCAUACGCGAUGUCUGGCAGCCUGUGCUCACAGCAUUCUUUAGCCUUUGACAAGGGAGCCUGAGCUCCGUCUUGAUUUGGGGAGGCUCUGGAGGGUCCUCCUCCUCACCCCUCCAUCUGGGCCCCUCCCCCAACCUCUGCACAAUUUUUUAGGUGCUGAAAUAUAGCAAACCAGCACAAUAAACCUUUAUUCUGG